CAUUCAGCACCACGAACAUUCGAACAAUAGCAAAUUCCGGGUUGCCCACGGUUCUUCAAAAGUUUUUUUUUCAUUGAACUUUCUGCAAAAGGAGAACAGACAAAACGGAUGUAAAACGUUCAGAAGCAAGAAACGCAAGCUCAACAGGAAAAUUUAUCGUUAAGCCACUGUCAAAUAUGGAUGCGAAGAGAAAGAAGAAGGUGUUGAGCAUGUUUGACGCGGGCUGCACCGUACGGCAGAUCAGGAAGGAGACGCGCAUCAGCAGGGACGCACUGAGCAGCCUGCUGAAGGCAUCCGAUAGGAGCUUCCACCAGCGCGACAACUCUGCGAUUCGUCCCAUUACCGAUGAGCAGCGCCGCCAGAUUUUGGAGCUGUUCGACGCAGGAUGCACCCGCCAGCAGAUUAUGGAGCAGGUGGGCGUCCAUACUCAAGGAGUCCGGAGAGUUCUUGCGCAGGCAGGAUUGAGCCUGACACAGCGCAACCGCAGUGCCUUCUGGCAGAGCAGCGCUACGCCGGAGCAACGCGAACGGAUCUGCCAGAUGUUUGAUGAGGGUUGCAGCCGGGAGCAGAUUGCGAAGAGCAUCGGGAUGGCAGAGGGCCAGUUGGAUCGGGAACUGGCGCUGGCCGGGAAGAUUGUCCAUUCAGCCUCUCAACACGUUAUGGAGAAAUUUCUACGAGAUAAACGAGCCGUGGAAAGCAAGGCUGGCCCGUCCUCCGGAAGUGGCGGCAGUUUGCCGAAGGAUGCCGAUCGAGAGUACAGCCCGCGUGUCACACGUCGACGAGCAAGCAACUGUGCAACGAACACAGUCCAGUCCACCUCUGUCACAGAAGACACAGCUCAGCCCGGCUCUGGCACCGAAUCCCUGGAGGAAACAGAAGAUGAGAAAAUGGAAGAGGAUUCUAAUAAGGAAGAAAAGGGUACGCAAAAUGCUGAAGAUGAGAAAAUGGAAGAGGAUUCUGAUAAGGAAGAAACAGGCACGCAAAACGAAGAAGAUGGGAAAAUGAAAGAAGAUUCUAAUACGGAAGAAAACGGUAUGCAGAAUGCGGAAGAGGGGAAGAUGGAAGAUUCUAAUAAGGAAGAAAAAGCCACGACAAAUGCAGAAGAUGGGGAAAUGAAUGAGGAUCCUGGUAAGGAAGAAAAAGGUGCGCAAAAUCCAGAAGAUGGGGAAACGGAAGAGGAUUCUAAUAAGGAAGAAAAAGGUGCAGAAUCUGAUGCGGCACCGUCUGGCAAGUUGUCCACAUUCGACGACUUCUUCGGAGGGGAGUUCCACUUAGAAGCCAUGGCCACACGGGUCGGCGUUCCUGUACAGACUGUCCGCGAGACCCUUGUCAGCAGCACAAAUGUUCCUGCAUAAUCUACUUAUGCGAUGUACAGUAUUAAUUUGUUAAAUUUGUGGAAUACUGGAUUCGACGCUUUUUUGUUAAAUGUUGUUUCAACAAUAUUGAUCUGCUCUUCACGUGCGCAGGUGUACAGAUACAAUACAAUAUCGUUAGUAGUGCACUUUUCGUUAGAUGCUGUGCAUCAAUCACCCGGAUAGUCCAAAUGUAUUACAGAUAUUCGCUUAACAUACUUUUGAUGAUGGAAUAGUGCUAAUUCUUGAACGGAAUGAGCUGUUAAAGGCACAAACAUAAUGAAACC